AUGCCUGGGUGGAGCUGCUUGGUGACAGGAGCAGGAGGAUUUCUUGGCCAGAGAAUCAUCUGGAUGUUGGUGCAAGAGAAAGAACUGCAGGAGGUCAGGGCUCUGGACAAAGUCUUCAGACCAGAAACCAAGGAGGAAUUCUCUAAGCUGCAGACAAAGGCCAAAGUGACAGUGUUGGAAGGAGACAUUCUUGAUGCCCAGUGCCUGAGAAGAGCCUGUCAAGGCAUCUCUGUUGUCAUCCACACUGCUGCUGUCAUUGAUGUCACAGGUGUCAUACCCAGGCAGACCAUCCUAGAUGUCAAUCUGAAAGGUACCCAGAACCUACUGGAGGCCUGUGUCCAAGCCAGUGUGUCAGCCUUCGUCUUCUGCAGCUCAGUUGACGUUGCAGGACCCAACUCCUACAAGGAGAUCGUCCUGAACGGCCGUGAGGAAGAGCAUCAUGAAAGCACAUGGCCUGACCCAUACCCAUACAGCAAAAAGAUGGCUGAGAAGGCAGUGCUGGCAGCCAAUGGGAGCCUCCUGAAGAACGGUGGCACUUUGCACACUUGUGCCCUAAGGCCCAUGUACAUUUAUGGGGAGAGAAGUUCAAUCAUUUCUAACAUAAUAAUUAGUGCCCUGAAAAAUAAGGGUAUUCUGUGUGUUACUGGCAAAUUCUCCAUAGUCAACCCAGUAUAUGUGGGUAAUGCAGCAUGGGCUCACAUUCUGGCUGUCAGGGGCCUUAGAGACCCCAAGAAGUCACCAAAUAUCCAAGGACAAUUCUUCUACAUCUCAGAUGACACUCCUCCCCAAAGCUAUGAUGAUUUAAAUUACACCCUGAGCAAGGAAUGGGGACUCCGCCUUGAUUCUAGUUGGAGCCUUCCCCUGCCCCUGCUCUACUGGCUUGCCUUCCUGCUGGAAACUGUGAGCUUCCUGCUGAGUCCAGUCUACAGGUAUCGACCUCUCUUUAACUGUCACUUGGUCACACUGUCAAAUAGCAAGUUCACUUUUUCCUACAAGAAAGCUCAGCGAGACCUGGGUUAUGAGCCACUUGUCAGCUGGGAGGAAGCCAAGCAGAAAACCUCUGCAUGGAUCGGGACACUAGUGGAGCAGCACAAGGAGACACUGGACCCAAAGUCUCAGUGA